ACUUCUGACAAACAACCUACUCGAAAUGUCAAAGUUGUCACUUGUGACAACAAACAAAAUAUUGUUUAAGUGUUUUUUGUGUUAGAAAUGGUGUAGGGAAUCUAAAAUAUAAUUUUAAAUCUUAUUUGUUAAAAAAAUGUGUGGUUGUGAACAAUUUCGUAGAAUUGUGUAAACAAUUGUGAGAUUAUUUUGACAUAACCUCUAAAUGCUUCCAAAAAUGAAUCCAGUUUACGAUUACAUUCAGCGAAAUCGAGUGUUGGCAAAAAUCGAAAAAGCUCAAGCAAGUAAAGCAACGAAUUUAGCACUAGAUGAUUUUGAUCUUGUCAAAUUUCCCCCUUUAUUGGUCACCUGUGUGCAACUUUCAUAUCUAAAUAUUGGCCAUAAUCAAAUAACUGAACUGCCCAAAUGUCUAGGACAGUUGAAAAACUUGCAGCAUUUGUCGUUGGAAUACAAUAAUUUUGAUCGUUUCCCUGAAGUACUCAAGGAUUUGCCCCAAUUAGUCACACUAAACAUAAGCCAUAAUCCGAUAAAAGACUUAACAAGAGACAUUGGGAAUUUAACUUCGCUAGAAACACUAUGGUGCAACCGUUGCUAUCUUGGGUCACUACCUGAAGAGAUUGGUAAUUUAACAAAAUUGGAAACUCUAGGAGCUCGUCAUAAUUUAUUAACAAAACUACCAGAAGGAAUCUGUAAUUUAGUACAACUGAGGUGGCUUACUUUAGAAGAUAAUCAAUUGUAUACAGUUCCUAAGGAUUUCGACAAGUUACAGUCUUUAAUACAUCUCAAUUUGACUGAAAAUAAAUUCCAUUAUAUCCCCUCAAAUAUAUCGAAAUUAAAACAGUUGAAAUAUCUCCACUUACGGUUUAACGAAUUUUACUCAAUUCCUGAAAGUGUACUCACCACCAUGACUUGUGUCAAAAUUAAUCUGUUACAUAAUCCCUUGUCUUCUACUGGUGAUAUUGAUGUGAUGUUCCCCAAUGUGAUAACAUCAAAUAAACAAUUAGAGGAUGAAACAGCCGUCGAUUCUGACUCAAAUUCCGAUUGGGAAAAUAGCGUUGCGAGUUCAGAUUUAAACUAUUCAGUUUCAGAGUCAGAAAGUGACGACGAAGAUAUUCUAAUCGAAGUCUCAAAGUUGUCAAAAUUUCUUGUAACAUUUUGAGUUUCAUUUUUUUUCAUUACCAUAAAGUAUUACGAGAUUAUUUUUGAAAUAAAAGUCGGACUGUAAAACAUUUAUUAACUA